UAAAGGAGUAAUCAGUAAUCAGUAAUCAGAUUACUUUUUCAAGGUAACUAUGCCAUCACUGCACAGAACAAACAGCUAGGAAGAAUCAGAAGCUGAACACACGGUACUGAAAUCUGGUUUCGCUCUGAUAGCGGAGAACUUUGAGGUGGGUGAGGUGCAGCGAUGGUGCAGCGAUGCUCUCGGCUCUUGCCGUUACUGCGUGUGGGUGGCGGCGGCGGCGGCGCCUGGGUAAUAAUAUUGCUUCGCAUAAUGAGCCGCCGAGUGUUUCUCGAACGCGUCUUUCGCUCCCCUGCUGAUGCCCCCGUCCCUAAGUCUGGGUCCUCGUACUCGGGUGGGCCUCGUAUCCAGAGGCAGGAGCAGGUCAUUCAUGUGUCACCGAAAAAAAGCAGCCAGUCGGAUGGCCCGUACUCCCACUCGAGCAGUAACACGCUCUCCAGCACGGCGUCCAGCGGAGCUCACAGCGACGACAAGUGGUACGACCUCGGAAGCGGAGGGCCGGGAGACUCGGCCGACCCCGAGCCCAACGGUCUGGGCGGAGGCGGCUACCUGCAGGGCUCCUCGGCCGACAGCGGCAUCGACGCCGCCUCCUACGGGGCCCCUCACGGCAGUGCCGGCUCCCUCCUGGCCCCGGGCGCCGCGGCACCCCGAGAGAGGGUCGCCUCGCCUUGGCAUGGCCCGUCUGAUAGCUCCCGGAGGGUGCUAGAGAGGUCGCCUCCUGCUUCGGACUCCAGCGUGGCUGCCACGGAGCCUCCGACCACACGGAGCCCACCGACGCACCUGCUCAUGCGGGACAGCAGCUCCUACAGCCUCAGCGACCUGACCUCCCACUCCAGCUCUCGACACUCGGGCAGCACCGCCGUGCUCGGCUCCAGCCACAACUCCCCCAGAGACGAGUCUCCUUCAGCCACCUCGCCGUCCUCUUCCUCCUCUCAGAGCUCAGUCUCUCCAGGGCCGAAGAGCUUCUAUCCUCGCCAGGGAGCCACCAGCAAGUACCUGAUCGGCUGGAGGAAGCCUGGUAGCACCAUCAACUCCGUGGACUUUGGAGACACACGCAAGAGGCCGCAGGGAGAGGGAGCGGACGGAGUUCCGUCACAGACUCGGCCCUCCCUGAGAGACCUGCACUCACCUCAAGCUCUGGGCAAGUCUAAUGUGGAGGAGGACAUGAAGAAACUCAUCACGCUGGAAUGUCCUCCUGCCAUCCACUACGAGGACAAGCCCCUGCAGCCGUCCUGCUCCGGUGCCGCGGGGACGGGCCGGCGUUCUCUCCACCGCACCCUGUCCGACGAGAGUAUUUACCGCGGCCAGCGUUUGCCGUCUAUGGGCGACACGGCGCUGGAGCAGGCCCUGGCCAGCGACGUGCUCUUCAGCUGCUCCACCCUGCCGCGCUCUCCCACCACCCGCGGCGCCCCUCUCCGCAGACCGUCCUACAAACUGGGCAUCAAAAUGCACGGUGAUCUCUCCGCGUCUGACACCUCUCUAGCAGAACUGAACGAGCGCCAGAGGUUACCGUCUCCAGAACUGGGCCUCAUGCCCCUGCCGGACACGGACGCGGACAGCGGGCUGGAUUGGAGCCACCUGGUGGAUGCUGCCAACGCUUUCGAGGGCGAAGGGCGACCCCCACGCAUUCAGAGAGGGUUCAUGUUCAGUUCUCAGGACAUCAGUCAUCGUGCCGAGAGCUCGGUGACUCCGCAGCAGCUGGAGCUGCAGGCCGUACCCCACACCCGACUCUCCCCCAGUGAAGGGCCUGGUGGUUUUGGGAAGGUUUCUCAGCUCGAGGCUCUGGUCAAGAUGCUGCAGGAAGAUUUAAAGAAGGAACGAGAGGAGAAGCUGAAGCUGCAGGCUCAGAUCAAGAGGCUGUGGGAGGACAACCAGAGGCUCCAGGAGGAGUCGCAGAACUCGGCUGCCAAACUCAAAAAGUUUACAGAGUGGGUCUUUAACACCAUCGACCUGAACUGAGCGUGUCUCGGAGCAGCAGGGGGUCGUUCCGCGCCCCUCCCCGGAGCUCCCUGCUGUUCUGGGUGGAGGCGAUACAGGGACCAACACAACCGACGCCUCCGUACACGCGGCCCAGCAUCCCGUAACCCGUCUGUGACCCAGAAACGUCACUCCUUUCUUCUUUUCCGAGACUUUUCUCUUCAUUUCCUCCGGACGGUCCCGGUUUUCGUUUUCAGGAGACGUCCGCCCCCUUCUGAAGAUGAGGAAGGUCGAUUCGGGGAUCAUUUUCCUGCUGUAAAAGCUGUCUUGUGAAGUAUUGCUGGCUCACUGUGCUUUUGGAGUUUGUGUUUCUCCUUCUUCCUUCUUUCUCUCUGUUUUUUUUUUUUUUUUUUUUUUCCGAGCCUCGUUUAUUAGCGAGGCCGGUCGAGCGGGAGGUACAAUCUGCGAUCUGCAAUGCAGCAGCACAAUCAGCCAUUAGCAUUUCAAAACGAGGGAGCCGCGUCCUCCCGAGGUGCCGCGGGAGCGAGUCGUUUAUUCGGGACGACGCGCCGCCUCGAGGGUUUCAUCUCGGCGUUUUUUUUCACAAGCAAUAGCAGGAAGAUCGAUGCCACCGGACUUGAAUACCAUGAGCUUUCGGAUCGAAUAUAAAAGCAAUUAGGCAUCGCAGGCCUGCGGUACGAGCGCCGAAGACUCUCCAGCAGACGUGGGAUCUGAAGACUUUUUUUGGGAACAAUUCUUAUUUAUUUUCUUUGUAUUAUAAAUAAAUUAGUUGCUAUAUGCAUACAGUA